AAAAAGGGUAGGCCUAGCUACCGGUAUACGUAGUCGUAGAAGGGACAGGUGAACAUUUUGUACAAUAAUGUUACAGUUACUGAUAAAUAAUGUUUUGAAUGUUACUGUUAGAUUGUAGAGGAUGUUGAGUGAAAGUCAAGGAAUAGUUUGCUGUGCAUGUCAGUAAUUUCCUGUGAAAGUUGAAAUUUCAGAAAUCAAGAAGAUGGCAAAUUUACCCAGUUUCGUAAACCUUACAGACCUCGUCGCUCGCAAGGUUGGUGGAGAGAUUCUUUUUGCCACUGAUGACUGGUUUGCCGUUGCUGAAAAUCUUCUCAAGGAGGAUGAACCUGUUUGGUGGGAAGGGGAAUUCACCGACUUUGGAAAGAAGAUGGAUGGAUGGGAGACAAGACGCAAACGCAUCCCUGGUCAUGAUUGGUGUAUCAUCAAACUGGGCAUUCCAGGUGUCAUCCGUGGUGUUGAUGCUAACACCCGACACUUCACAGGCAAUUACACACCAAGAAUAUCCAUCCAGGCUGCUUGUUUGACACCAAACGUAGAAUUCCCAGACCGAUCUAGUGCAAUGGGAUCUAAAGCAACUGAAGAACAAUUUGAGGAGAUGAGGAAAUUGCAGACAGAGACAUGGGAAGAGAUAGUUCCUAGAUCGUCGCUCAGGUCAGGUACAGAGGAAACGUGCCAUAACUACUUCCAGGUCAACAGCGAGAAAAGAUGGACCCAUAUCAGAUUGAACAUGUAUCCAGAUGGUGGCAUAGGACGUCUUAGGAUCUAUGGUGAUUCGAAACCAGACUGGUCACAAGUCAACCAAAAUUCUCUGAUUGAUCUGGUAGCUGUGGAGAACGGUGGAGUUUGUGUAGGGUUCAGCGAUGCUAAGUUCUGCUACCCUAAGAACUUGAUAACUAAGGAAAGAUCGGUGACGAUGGCUGAUGGGUGGGAGACGGCAAGGAAGCGUGACAGACCGGCGAUCCUGGAGAUGGGUCGAAACGGUGUCCUGGAAUUCACCAGCAGAGAUUGGGCGGUGUUUCGCCUUGGUACUAAGGGGAUCAUUGAGAGGAUUGAAGUGGAUACCAAUCAUUUCAAAGGAAACUUCCCAGAUUCCUGUACAAUUGAAGGAUGUGUUCUAACAGAUCAAGAGGAGAAGUAUGGUCAGAUGCCAAGAACUGAUAAACCUCAUGGUGAUUUUGAUUCCUUCAGAUGGAAGACCAUUCUACCACCUGCUAAGCUCUCUGCUCAUAAAAGACAUCACUACAAAAAGGAUGCAUUGGUCAAUGUUGGACCGGUCACUCACGUCCGCUUGACCAUGAAACCAGACGGUGGUAUUAGCAGACUGAGAUUGUGGGGGCGAAUAUCAUCAAGACUAUAAUAUAACAUUCUGUUUUAUUAUAUUGUAGCACUUACAAGGUAAUCAAGUGAAAUACAGUGUUCCCAGAAAAAAAUGGAAACUGGGAUUCCUAGAAUUUUUUGCAACACAGGCAAACCAUUUAUGGUACACUAUAUUCAUUUACAUGAUCAUAAAUUUCAUUUUUUCAAAAUUAUUUUGAACCCAAAUAUGAAAUGAAUGGUUCAUACAUGUAGAUGCACAUGAAGAGUUUGAAACAUCAAUUCCAUAAGCGAGUUUUGCAGAAACUUUUUUUAGGCAUCUGCAAUCUUGCAUAAGAAAACUUAUCAUGUUUUUAAUCUUGCAUAAGAAAAUGUAUCAUGUUUGUGUAUAGGCAUCUAUGAGUAUUCAUAUUAGAGAGCACAUUAUUUUACGUGGUUGCUCUUGAAAUAGAGGUUCGAACAUUUGUUUAGAGAUGUCAUACACAUUUACACAAUUACCUCCAAAUUGUAAAAUAGAAUUAUAGAUUGUUACAGGACAUUGUUCGCUUUCGAAUGUGAUCCCAGUGGAUUUUAUUCUGAUAAAAUCAGAUUUAAUGUUCUUAAAAUUUUUCUAUAGAAUAGGAAGAUUAUUGUGUUUCUUGUUUUCUGGUUAUUUUGAAUACAUGUAUAUGUAUCUAUGUUAUAGUAAUGUAUAUCAAAGUCAAAUAAUGUUAAGAGUCUUGAAAAUUUUUAUCCUUACUUUUUUUUUUGGGGGGGGAUGUGGAUGCAUAUAUAAGCAUGCCAUUUUGUGUUAUGUAUCUACCUCUCAUAGUCUUAUAUAUUUCUUAUGUCAGUCUGUCUGAUUUGAAAAAGAAAAAAACACAUCAAAAACAAAAAUGAUCACUCUGAUAAAUAUACAUGCAUUCAUAUAAUAUUAAUAAGAUAAAAUGUGUGUUUACAGAAAUGUUUAUAGAUCAGUGUAGUGUUACUGUCUGGCAGCACACAUCCUUUGGCUCUGUUAUAAGUGAACAUUGAGCGUAAACAGAUGCUCCAAAAGAGAAUUACUUCCUUUUCUAGUUUUACUUCCUCUUGCUCACUCUGAUAGAUUUUGAUCCUAUCCCACAAAUAACGAAGCUGAGAUUUAUUGAUGAUUUAUCAUAACUUAAUCACAUGCAAAAAAUGACCUAUCAUUGCAAAGAUUAGUCUCCUAUUUUCAUCUGGUAUAACAUAGAAGAUUCCUCUUUUAGCCAUGAGUUAGUUAAAACAAUUUGAAGAAAGGGAACCAAAAAGUCACUUGGCAGGUGUUAUCUGAAUUUACCAAAGGCCGGUACUUCAUACUUGCACAUUAUAAUCUGUCCAUCGUGAAAGCCCAGUUGGACGAAUGCAAUUAAAAUUCAGACAGCAUGAGUUUGACCAAACUCAGGAUCGUCAUUUGCCUCAGUUCAAAGUUCUAUACCAUCCUAAAUUCUAGACUCUUUGCAGGUCUCGUCGUUGUUAAACGAAAACAAACAUUGUGUAUCAUGCCUAUACAUGUAUGUAUGUAUGUAUGUUUCAAAGGGGAAAACAAUAUUUGCUUCUGGUUGUACUUACCUAUUGCUCUCCCUUUCUUUUCCCAGAUAUACUGGGAGAGUAACAUCCCCCUUCAUGUUUCUCUGGGAGUGCCUUUUGCUUUUUUCUAUUUCUAAUUGCUGUUGUAUUAAUUCCUCAAUGGCAAAUAAUUAGGAACUUAUGACAAUAAAUCAUGGCAUGUGGCAUAGAUUUUACUUGUAGUACCUCUCUGUUCUGAAGUAGGCCUGUUUUUCCCUGUGUCUUAUCUUUUUGAAAUAAUGUCCAUGCAAAAUUUUGCAUGGAUCAGAUCUGAAGGGAGGGGGGGGGCAUCUCUUUGGUCUGAAGAGCCCACUCAAAAUAGGAUUGAUAUUUUAGAUCACAGUGAGUAUAUGUGUUCUUGCUAUGUAAAUGUUUUCUAUUAUUUUUUUUCUUUUAUAUAGCAUAGUAUUAUAGUAUUUUCUUAUUGCUGUUUUUAUUAGGAGUUUCUUGCCCUUUGAAUAAUGGUAGAUGUAUAUAGCUAGAUAAACUUUAUGAUACAUAUAUAUUUCUCCUUUUUUUAAAUCAAUGAGUGAAAAAUCUUCAAAAGAUGAAGAAUGUGCUGUAAUCAUUGUUGCAUAAAUCAUGAAACCAAAUUUUUGCAAUUGUUUAUUUGACUUAUUUCAUAAUCAUUGCUCUGUAGAAACUUAAGAUUUUUAUUAACUUGGAAGUGGUGUCAGAAUUUUUAAGAAUAAUUGUGGCUUAUUGGGAUUUCAUUAGUUAUUGGUGUCGAUUCUGUAAAGUUUGGCUUUCUAAAUACAAUUUCUUUCCCUUUUAGAGAUGUAUAUGUUUCCCAUAUUAAACCUCAUAUUCUACAUUUUAAUAUUUCAAUAUUCAUAUUAAUAUAUUAAUGUAAUGAAAGUCUUAAAAAAAGAUUAUAAUUGUGUGGUAUAACUGACUCUCCAUAUAUCAUGAAAACAAUAAUUGAAUUUUUGUCAAUAGAAAGCACUUACUGUAUAUGAACAGUAUAAAUAUUGUACCAAUUCUUUCCAUUUUCUAAAUACCAUUCAGAAAUAACUUGCGUAUAUUCUUUGAAUGAUGUUGCGCUUUUUUGCUUCAAAAUUUAAACAAAAUAAAAAUAUAUUCUUUGUUUUAGAUAUUCUACACUGGUUUUCUCUAAUUGAUUUUGUUUUCUUCAACAC